AUGGCCAACAACUUUGAAGAUAAGAAAGAUAUGGAAGAGCACAUUGAGGGAGGACUCAAUGAUGCUCCCAUUCUCGAGGAGAAGAGGAAGAAGCACACGGCCAAUAACCAAUUGGACGAAGCUGCAGCUUAUCUCGCUCAAGCUGGACCUGUAGAGUAUACAGCCGAAGAGAGAAGAGCUGUGAUCAGGAAGAUCGAUAUCUUCGUUUGCAUUCCCAUGUGUUUGACUUAUUUCUUGCAACAACUCGACAAAUCGUCUCUCAGUUAUGCGGCAGUCUUCGACAUUCAAAAAGAAGCCAAUCUGGUUGGUAACCAAUACAGUUGGUUGAACUCGAUCGUCUACUUUGCUCAAUUAGGUUUACAACCCGUUUCGUCCUAUGCGCUUAUCGCCUUCCCAAUCAAAUACUGGGUCACGUUCAACAUGUUGGCAUGGUCCAUCGUCACGGUUUGCACUGGUGCCGCCAAGAAUUUCACGGGGCUUAUUAUCUGUCGUCUACUCUUGGGUAUAUUCGAAGCUACCAUCUUACCUUCGUUCAUCUUCCUUACUCAGAUGUGGUACACAAGAAGAGAACAGAGUUUUAGGACCAUCGCUUACCAAGUUGCCAACUCCCUCGCUGCUGUGUUGGGUCCGAUUCUUUCUUUUGGUAUUGGAAAGGCGACUGAGAACUCUAACAAAGUGAAAGAAUAUCAAGGUAUCUUCUUCUUCAUCGGAAGUAUCUCAGUGGCGUUCGUACCUAUCAUCUUUUUCAUGCUUCCUAAUUCUCCUACCACCGCUCGAUUCUUGAGAAAGAACAAUGAUCGAGUCAUCGCCAUCGAUCGAUUGAAAGAAAACCAAACGGGUACCAAGUCAUCUAAAUGGAAGUGGAACCAAGUAAGGGAGACAUACAAAGAUCCCAAGACUUACAUCUGGGCAGCGAUGUAUUUCUGCACAUCAACUCCUUCAGGCGGUUUCGGUGCGUUCGGUGGUUUGGUAGUGAAAGGUCUCGGUUUUACCUCUUUCAAGGCUAUUCUUAUGCAAGCUCCUACUGGUGGUAUUGCGAUCUUGACUCUACUCGUCACUAUCUUCUUCACCAACCAAUUCAAAGCUAGAUGGGCUGUGGUAGCUGCAUGCGUUGUUCCUCCUAUUGCCGGUGCUGUCGGUCUCGUCAAAGUCCAACGAUCCGACCCUUACAUUCUUUUGGCAUGUUACUACGUCGCUCAGACCCUUGCCGGUAUUCAACCAUUGUUGUACUCCUGGGCCAACCUGAAUCAAGCUGGAUCUACUAAACGAGUAGUAGUUUUCGCUACCAUGUUCGUAGCACAAUGUACAGGUAAUAUUGUUGGUCCUCAAGUGUACUUGACAAGGGAAGCGCCGUACUAUCACACCGGUCUAUACGUCAAUAUAGGCUGUUGGUCCGUCCUCUUUUGCUUAAUUGUAUUCAUGAGAUUCUACCUCUCUUACCUCAAUAAGAAACAAGUUGAGAGAAGGGUUGCUCUGGGUCUACCGGCCGAUCUCAAAGAUAUGUCAAUCAUGUCGUACAACGAGCUCGAACAGUACAAAGCGGAACUUGCAGCUCAAAUGACAGCUGCCGGCCUGGAUGCUACCAAGCUCUACGAGAAUGCUUUCGACGAUAUGACCGAUUACGAAAACCCUUACUUCAUCUAUGUCGUAUAG